AUGCUGCUCGGCAAGGCGAAGUGGCGGGUGCUCCCCCAGGGGUCCCGGCUGGGAGCACCCCCGUACCUGCACCCCAGCCCCGCCGGGGUGGGCAGGAGGCAGGGGCAGCAGCGGGGCAGAGACCACCGCCGGCAAAGAAAACCACCCGGCAGCCUCGGGGACGGAGAGCUUUAUUCGUGCCCACAACGGCUCGGAAAGGACCGGCGAGCGGGAGCUCUGGGGCAUAUGCCCUGGAGGGCAACUGCUCGCCCGCGGGACCGCUGCCAGCGCCGGCGGCUCUCCCCCGCAUCGGGGCUGGUGGAGAUGGGGGCACACUGGAUCCACGGCCCCUCGCCGGGGAACCCCGUCUUCCGCCUGGCCACCCGCUACGGCCUGCUGGGCCCGGAGGCUGCCCGGGAGGAGAACCAGCAGGCGGAGGCGGGGGGCCACCCCCCGCUGCCCUCCGUCACCUACGGCAGCUCAGGGAGGGUGCUGAGCUCCCAGGUGGUAAGCGAAGCCCGUGACCUCUUCAACACCCUUCUGGCCUCCGCCCGCGCUUUUUGCGGGUCCGAGGAGCCGCCGGCACCCAGCGUGGGACAGUACCUGCGGACGGAGAUCGCCCGGAGGGUCCCCGCUUUGGGAAGGGGCGAGGAGGACGCCCAGCGGCUCCAGCUGGCCGCCCUCGCCGCCUGCUUCAAGCUGGAGUGUUGCAUCAGCGGAACCCACAGCAUGGACCUGGUGGCCCUGGAGCCCUUCGGGGAGUACGUCUCCCUGCCUGGCCUGGACUGCACCUUCCCAGGCGGCUACAGCGGCUUGCCCGAUCACAUGCUCUCGGCUCUGCCAGAGGGCACCGUCCUGCUCAGCAAGGCAGUGAGGACUAUCUGGUGGCAAGGGUCCUUCCGCGAGGAAGGGGACGAGGCCAGGGACUUCCCCGUCCGAGUGGAGUGUGAGGACGGAGACACCUUCCUCGCCGACCACGUCAUCAUCACCGUCCCGCUGGGUUUCCUCAAGGAACGCCACCAGGACUUCUUCCAGCCUCCCCUGCCCAAGCGGAAAGCAGAGGCCAUUCGCCGCCUGGGUUUCGGCACCAACAACAAGAUCUUCCUGGAGUUCGAGCAGCCUUUCUGGGAACCCGAGCAGCAGCUCCUUGAAGUGGUGUGGGAGGACGAGUCGCCCCUCGAGGAGCCCAGUGCCAACCUGGAGGCCACCUGGUUCAAAAAGCUCAUUGGAUUCGUGGUCCUCCAACCGCCGGAGCAGCACGGGCACGUCCUCUGUGGCUUCAUCGCGGGGGAGGAGUCGGAGUACAUGGAGACGCUGAGUGAUGCGGAGGUUCUCAGCACCAUGACUCGUGUCCUCCGCACGCUGACAGGGAACCCGCACCUGCCCGCUCCCAGGAGCAUGCUUAGGUCCCGGUGGCACAGUGCUUCCUACACCCGGGGCUCCUACAGCUACGUGGCCGUUGGCAGCUCAGGGGACGACAUUGACGUGCUGGCUCAGCCCCUGCCUGAGGACCCCAAGGACCCCAGGCCUCUGCAGCUCCUCUUCGCCGGCGAGGCCACCCACCGCACCUUCUACUCCACCACCCAUGGAGCUCUGCUGUCGGGCUGGCGAGAGGCUGAGCGCCUCAACCAGCUCUUCAAGGCACUUGCCCCGCUCCUCAGCUCUGAGGUGGCAAAAUAA